AUGAAUUAUUAUUAUCUUUAUUUUUCAAUUGUUCUAUUUUUUGGUAUAAAAGGAAUACCUACUCAAGAAUUAGGUAAAAAAAUUAAAAAUGAGGAAGAAAAUACUAAAAAAAGUAUGUUAAAAGAGAAUGCAGUUACAUUAAAACAAAACAUUUCAAAUGUAAUUUUAAAGAAUAUAAUGGAAAAAGAAAUGCAAGAAAUUGAAAAAACAGUUCAAAAUUUAUUAUUUCAUCAUAAAGUGAUUUUAUUUUCAAAAACACAUUGUAUAUUUAGUAAAAGAGCAAAAGAAAUUUUAUCAAAAUAUGAUUUAAAAGAAUAUGAAAUUGUAGAAUUAGAUCUUAUCGAUCAUGGUCCCAAAUAUCUUAAAGCUUUAAAAAAAUUAUCUGGAAUACAUACAGUACCACAAUUAUUUAUUGAUGGUGAAUUUAUUGGUGAUGCCAGAAAAAUUAUAUCAAAAGAUGCAAGUGGAACACUUAAAGAAAUUUUACAAGGAGCCAAUGUUUUAUUUGAUAAACUUAAACAUCGUAAUUAA